AUGGACAUGUUUGUUGAUCUCCUUGAUUCGCAGUUACAGAGGCCUGAGGAGUACGUGUCUUUGGUCUCUAAUGAAGACGGGUGUCGACCGGUAGAGUCUCAUCUGAAUAAGUUGAUAUCCGUGGCAAGUGACGCUGCUAAGAUAUCGAACACCCUUCCAUCAGGAGUUGAUUAUACAGUCCUUUCGACUAGUUCCUCCUUUGGUUCACGUCUCACUUCUCUGUCGUCUAAAUGCAACGACUCCUUUGGUUUGGUCGACCCUCUUUUUCGGAAGAUUGGUAUGGAUGAUUACGCUGAUAAGGUGUCAUCUGACGCGCUCGAUAGGCUCGCUGACGAGAUCUAUUUGGGCCUGAAGGUCCAUUACAACAACUCCAAUCAGACAGUAUCAGAUUUUCGCAAGGACGGGUGGGAAGGAUCUAAGCGUAAAGCAUUAGAUGGUCAAAAUGAGGCCCAACUUGAUACUGUUGUUAAGCCAGCUAUUCCAUGCGACUUAGAGGCUCGUCUGGACCACUUUCCUUUAAAGAUUUGUGCAGACACCUACAAGCGUGUAAAGAAGCACAAUCAGCAGCGUUGGAUACAUUUGAUUGACAAUUUUUCUAUGCGUUUGAUACUUGCUCGAAAGUUUCCGAAGUUUAAUGCCCUGAAACAAGAUGGCACUGUGUUGGAUCAUCCUGCGGAGCCUGAAGGUUCUGAGGGCUGUGGCCCCUGUAGAGAGCGCAUCUUUGUGCCGAUGCUGUACCCUAGAUUCGAUAAUCUCUUAAUCUGUGGUCAAACUAAGGAGCAAAUGCCUGUACUUUCGCAUCCUUACACAGCUGAGCUUAAUGCGUUGGAUUGGAGUAAGUCUGAUGAUGCCCACCCUCACCGUGGUUUUAAGACUCUUGGUGGAGGUAGUCUGAUGGACCUUAACGUGAACGUUUCAGGCCCACUUCCUACUAACAAGAAUUGUCAGGUGGUGGAAAGUUUGGAUGACUUGAAUGCCAUGAUUUUACAGUUGAAAGGUUGUAGUGUCAUUGGUGUUGAUGUUGAACACCACAGUAUUCAAAGUUACCGUGGUUUUGUAUGUCUCGUACAAAUAACUGGUGCGGGUUAUGAUUGGGUUAUUGAUCCUUUUGAGAUAUUUGAAGAGAUGUGGCGUUUGAACGAGGUGACUACCGACCCUUGUAUUUUGAAAGUUAUGCACGGUGCUGAGAGUGAUAUUUUAUGGCUCCAGCGUGACUUUGGUGUAUACGUUGUAAAUUUGUUUGACACAUUGAAGGCGGCUGAUAUACUAUGUCUGGAUUGCGGCCACUCCCUUUCGUCAUUAGUGAAUUAUUUUUUUGGUGUUAAAUUAGACAAGUCGUAUCAAUUAGCUGAUUGGCGUAUCCGUCCAAUUCCUCGUGGUAUGUUGCAUUACGCCAUCUGCGAUACCCACUAUUUACUGGAUCUCUACACCUCUUUGAAGAACAUAGCACUUGAACGCGACCUUAGUACAAACCUACCUGGUGUGAUUGGUUGUGCGGACAAUCGCAUUUUACGCAUAAUGUUGGCAAGUCGCAAAGUGUGUUUACGUCAAUACCGUGACCCUGUUUUCAAUGAGGUUUCUCGCGGCAUACAGAUCUUCCGUAAGAAUAAACACUGUCCCAACAUGGUCGAUCCCCUGUCUCUGAAUGUGUUGUUGAAUUUGUUAUCCUUACGCAACUAUGCAGCCCGAAUUCUUGAUGAGAGUGAAUCCUUUUUGUUACCCGAUUAUAAUGCUUGUAUAAUUGCGUUGGCUGCGGAUUCCAAAAGUGGCGCCGAAACAUUUUUCCGAGCUCUUCAAAGACACAUGCCUAUGCUCGCUCAUGAGAUCCCCUAUAUGUUAAAAUUGCGUAACAGUUUGAAUGACAUAUUGCACCUAGUUCGAACUUCUCGCGUUCAACUUAUGGAGCCUACCCCUUUAUCAAGGUUGCAAACCUUUUUGCGCCCGCCUUCGCUUCGUUUCCCAUCUGUUUAUCCACGCCCUUUUAGAAGGCUUCCUUCCAUACGUCGCAAUUUGCGUCUUCCAGCAAAGCGUUAUGAAAGUAUAUCAGUAGAUGGAACAAAGAAGAUUUACGAGACCUUGAGUAGGUCGGUUGAGCUCAGGUCCCCUCGUUCUCGUCGUUCUUCUACGUUAUCUAGGAGGGAUAAAGGCGUCAACCGUCGAUUGUCUUCGAGAGCAUCUAAGGAGCGGCGUAAACCUAGCACUGCUCUCAAGACUAGUGAACUAAUUCCUGUAUCGGUUACUUCUAAGUUACCCGUUGUUGUGGAGAACGCCGGUACAGCUAUUGUGAAAGCAAUAUGUAGUGAUGAGGGGUUUUCUGGUUGCCCUGCGGACGACUCAUUGGUGGUAGCUAAGUCCGUGAUACGGCGCAGGGCCCGUGGCAGUAGACGCCUGUGGUCCGCCAGCUCUCCCCGAGAUAGCACAAAUGCUACUCAGUCUGUAAAAGACAAGGGUUUGAAAGAGCGUAUUUCCAAACAGAAAUUGGCUAAAGGGUUAUACUCUAAGGAUAAAUUAACAAAAGAUGGUGUUAAUUCUGCCCCGAGGGCAGCUUCACCAGCGAAAGCUACCGCGGAGCCUGAUGUAAAGGCUACUGGGGAAUCAUCUCGGCGUCAUCGUCAUCGUCGUCGGCGCCGUCGCCUCCGUGCUUCUGAAUCCUCUGUUACACAAGCUCCGGCACCCCGUACUAGGCGUGAGGCAUCAACAAAGCAUUGA